AUGGCUAGCAUCGAUCGAUACCGACCUCCGCGCGAGGGCUACCAGCCGCCUGUUGUGGCCAAUCCCCCUCGACAAGAGCAGCAGUCAUCGUCGCGAUCGCCUGCUCCACGCCGCGAGGUGCCUCCUGCGGCGCCGACGCCGCCUCAGCUGCUCUCUCGCAAUUCGCCGCCGCGCUCCCAGGUCGUCUCUGGCCAGCACACGCCUGCCGCCGCGGCAGCACCGUCCGGAUCGCAAACGCCCACUUCUCUCAUGAACCAGUGGUCGUUUACGCCGGCCGAGGUGCUGAGCACGCCGUCCGUGAUUGACGGCAUCUCACCCGAGGAGGAGCGGCUGCGGCGGGCCAAGGGUGUCAACUUUGUCUACCAGGCCGGCGUCAUGCUUGACCUCCCGCAGAUAACGCUGUGGGUGGCGGGCGUGUUUUUCCAUCGAUUCUACAUGCGCUGCAGCAUGGUGCAGGAAAAGGGUGGCAUACAUCACUAUAACAUAGCGGCAACCGCACUAUUCCUCGCCAACAAGGUCGAAGAAAACUGCCGCAAGACAAAGGACAUUAUCAUCGCCGUCGCCAAGGUCGCGCAGAAGAAUGCCAAGCUCAUCAUCGACGAGCAGAGCAAGGAGUACUGGCGCUGGCGCGACAGCAUCCUCAUCCACGAGGAGCUGAUGCUGGAGCAGCUCACCUUUGACAUGAUGGUCGACAACCCGUACCGCAACCUCUUUGAGCUCCUCGGCAAGCUCGACAUUGUGCACAACAAGCACCUGCGGCAGGCGGCGUGGGCCUUCUGUAACGACGCCUGCCUGACGGCGCUGCCGCUGCUUAUCGAGGCGCGCGACGUCGCCAUCAGCGCCAUCUUCUUCGCCAGCGCCCACACCAACCAGCAGAUUGACGACGUACGCGGCGAGCCCUGGUGGCGCUACCUGCGCGGCGACGAGGCCCGAUGCGCCAAGGCCGUCGAGGUGAUGCGUCAGUUCUACACGGAGAAUCCGCUCAGGAAGCAGAACCCGUCGCUGCCGUCGCCGGCCUUUCAUCUGGAGCACACGCGACGACGCCACGGCGGCGACGCCCUCGGAGCGAACGAGGGGCUGCUGUCACCGAGUAAUAAUGCGAGCACGCCGCUGGAUAGAGGCAGUCGCAGUCCGGCGGCGCUGGCACGGACGAAUGGUGAUGGAGGCAGCGAGAGGAGGGCGGAGCCGCCGCGCUCUCAGCCGGAUGGCUACACGCCGAGAUCGCCGGCCAAGAGGAAAGAGGCCGAGGCUGAGACGCCUGGUGACGGCGGCCGGUCGGAAAAGCGCGCCAGGCUAUCGGAGGAUGAGGGCGAGGUGGAGGAGUAG